UUGGUGUUUUCUUUUUGUUUUUUCUCCCUCUCUCUUCUAUCUCUCUCUUUGGCUUCCGAUUUUAAUCUUAUUCUUCUUCUUGUUCUCUCUCUCUCGCCCUCUCUGUGUUUUUCUUUUCUCUCUCUCUUUUCUUCUUUGGGACGUCGUGCUUGUGUUGGUUGCGUCCCUUGGCCUCUGCAUCGCGUGGGAGUUGUAGGUGGUAUUGUUCGACUUUAGGGUGGACGGCGUGUUUGGUUGCUGUGUCGGUCGACCGAUGACUGUUGAAGGUGGCAGUAUGGUUUCGAUUUGAAAGUGGACGGGGGACGGCUGUGCGGUUGCGGUCGGGUGAAGUAGGGAUAGCUUACUGAUGCCGGACACGUUGAUUCGAGUGGUAUCGCGCAUAUGAUGCUGUAUCGGUCAAGAUUAUGCGGUAUCUUAAGAACUUUCGGGGAAGGAGUCUGAGUGCGUUGCCUGCCAGUAGGCUACUCUUCUGAGGUGGCAGAGGUCGUGGUACGAGUCGACCUGGAAAAGGGGAGUGAGGACAGGGCGAUACAAUGUCGUGGAGGCGGUCAUCCGCUGCGGCGAAACUGGACGAUUGUGCACUAUCUGAAGUCUGCCGAAGCGGUGAGUCGGGGCUGUUGUCGUACUAAGAAAAACGAAAUAUUCCUUGCUUUUGACCAUUCUGGGUCAGAUUGCAGCGGUCGGCGGAGUAAAUCAAUGUAGGGUUUUCCGGGAAAAUUAUGCACAUCAGCUUUGUCGACGGGCACACAGCGGGGAACGGAUCCGCGGCAAGAAAUUGGGGCUCUAGGACGGGCGAUCAGAUCCAGAGUAGCUUUGUGACAACCUCUAUGCAGGCGCCCUCGUCAGCCCCGACUGACUCGGAGUCUGCGAUUCCAACGAUGCAGGCCUUGCCUCCUCAACCUGGUUAUGCAACUUCUGGGUCCGAGGACCAGCCGCCGCGUCCACCUACUGGCGUUCCCACGGCUGGGGAGUAUCUUUUACCACACACACAACUUGAGCUUGGCCACUCUAUGGCACGUGCUGCAUAUCCAUUUGCAGACCCAUACUUUGGAGGUAUCGUUGCCGCCUAUGGCGCUCAAGCAGUGAUUCACCCCCACAUGUUGGGGGUUCAACAAGCACGAAUGCCCCUCCCAUCUGAGAUGAUGGAAGAAGAGCCAGUGUAUGUUAAUGCUAAGCAAUAUCAUGGUAUCUUGCGGCGUCGACAGUCGCGAGCCAAAGCAGAGUCGGAAAACAAACUUAUCAAGUCUCGUAAGCCAUAUCUACAUGAAUCGCGGCAUCAGCAUGCCUUACGUAGAGCGAGGGGGAAUGGGGGACGGUUCUUAAAUACUAAAGCAAAGGAAGGAGAUUCAAAAUCAAAUUCCGAUGGUAACCAUGGUUCUCACGAGGGUCAGUCCUCACAAGCGGGAAACGUUUCUAGCACUCGAGCAUCUCAUUCAGGAAUGGACAUGCUAAGUGGACAAGGAGACUCUGUAAAUUAUCAUAACACCAUGAUGCAACAUGGUCAGAACAAUGCAUAUCUUAAUCUUCAUCCGCCACAAUCCUUCCACUCGUCUGCAUUUCACACACUGCCUGGUGGAAGUGAAUCUGGAGAUGGUGGUUCGAACGGAAACAACUUAGUGGUUAGUGGGUCGGAGCAUACUGCAGUGGCCACCUGAUAUUGAGUUGCACUUGAGCUAGCCCUACUAUUGGGGAUUCAUACUUUCUAGUGGGAACAAGAUAUGUGUGCUUACAUGAUUUUUGAAGUAGAACGCUGGGACAAGUGGCAUUUGGAAGUGGACGUCUCAUUUGCCGGUCUGUGGCAAGGAUGCAGCAAUUUUUGUUUGUGGACCUGUGUGAAACCUAUGGCAAGGAGGGAGGCGCAGCUCCUUAUUUGCGAGCCCUCUGCUCAUCAGUCUUAUCUUCUUCUCAAUACCCCAGAAGAUCCUGAGCUGUUUCAGUUGGCCGAAGAAUUUGAUGCAGCAGAAGAUAUAAUGGUAUAUAAAGCUUCAUUACCCCAGCACAUUCAAUGUUUGCAGAUUGGACGGAGGAUUCCUGUUACUAGUGCAAGUCCAAGCCUGGCGUUGGAGAGUGGAUUGUAGGAUUCUGAAGCACCAGGACGAUGGGAGAAUAUUUCCCACUCUUUGUCUGCCUUGGUCACCGAUAGUGAGGUCUUCUGGUUGAUUGGAUUUUUCCCCAUAACUGAGUGAUAUGCGUGUGUUGUUUUCUAGACAGAAACUUGGAGUACAGUAGGAUGUGUAUAUUGCUUCUUUUUGAUUGCAGCUGGCUGCUUUUUAUUCAACCUAUUGCAGGUGGCUGUCACGGCCAUCGUACACUAGAAUUUCUUUACAAUCAGUCCUGGGCAGUGAAACUGGUUCUGUGCAUAUGACUUCGAAGGCCGCUUGGAGCAUUGCUUCGGUCGUCAAUUUUUCUUUCAAGUGCAACAACCGUGUUGGAGAACCGUUUGGCA